GUUGUGUAAGUUUUUGACUUAAACAACCAAACCUUUGUAAAAGAAGCUGACCUGUAUUUUCUUGUGAAACAGAUGUAAAUCCAACUAAAAACACAAAGGUUAUUAGCCCUCUGUCUUUGGUUCACAUAUCUUUUUAAAAACAGGCACAUUAAAGCAUUUAAGAAUAAAAGUUGAAUAACUAAUUACCUCAAGAGGCAAACAUUUAAAGAAUCAUUUCACAUUUUAAAUCAUUUGGUGUGAGUUGUUUUUUUUUUUUUAUUAGAGUAAAACGAAUACUGUCAAUCAUUGAAGAGUGCAGAAAAAAAUAGUCAAUGUCUGCAACAGAAAUGUCCAAAUUUCCAUUAGCUGGCAGCAAAGCAGGAGGUGUAAUUAAAGGAGGUAAACCAGAUCGGCUGAUAAGGGAUGCCAGAUGUCCAUGUUUUGUUUCCACUGAACUUUAGUACGAGCAUCGUUUAUCUGCCUUUUUUACUCGACAAGUGACAUUGGCCUGGACUUUUUUUUUUUUUUACGUGAUCAUACGAGCUGGAUGUCCCCCCAUGACCUCAGUUAAAUGGGUGACUUUUGUUUUUGUGUGUGUGGGUGUGUAUGUGGGUGUGUUUGGGGUGGUAGUUUUGUGUGUGUUCUCCUCCACUUGAUGUCACAGGGAAUCUUCGCUGCAGGGUUUGACAGCCAGUUGCUUUCAUUUCAGAGUUAACAGUGCGUCCAAACCAAAGAGAUGGCCCUGUUGAUGGAGCACCAGUUCAGGCAGCUGUCAACUGACAGACAAGUGGAAACAAGACCGUUUCUGGAUGCUGUGUCAUACCUUCCACUGUUCUUUGACUGCCUCGGCUCUACCAUUUUUGCACCAAUCAAAGUUGACUUAAUUGGCAACAUCGCUAAAAUUAAGGCAGUUUAUGAUACCAACCCAGGAAGAUACAAGACACUACAGCAGCUUUUGGAGGCUGAGAAAGAAAUGUAUGGAAGUGAAUGGCCCAGGGUUGGAGCUACCCUGGCACUCAUGUGGCUGAAAAGAUCUCUUAAAUUCAUCCAGAUCUUCCUUCAGAGUCUGGUGAACGGUGAAAAAGACCAAAGCAACCCUAACCUCCUGCGAGUCAAUCUCACCAAAGGAUAUGAUACAGCUCUUAAAAGAUAUCAUGGCUGGCUUGUGCAGCAGCUCUUUAAGGCCGCACUUUAUGCUGCUCCCUAUAAGUCUGAUUUCCUGAAGGCUCUCUCUAAAGGUCGGGAUGUCAAGGAGGAAGAAUGCCUGGAAAAAAUCAGAAAAUUCCUUGUCAAUUUUUCUGCCAACAUUGAUGCAGUGUAUGAUAUAUAUAGUCGGAUGAAUGCUGAUCUUGACUACAAGGUGUGACAGCAGGGUUCUCUUUCUUCCACUCAUGAACCGCUGUGUAAACAAGGUCCUUCAUAUUCCGUGGUAUUUUACAAUGAGGUCUCUUCAUGUCACUUCAGUGUGAUUUCUAAUACCCAUAUUUCACAUUGUGUUUGAGCACUUUCAUCUGUGUUUAUUAACAGUCUUAUAUUUUUAGACUCAAAGCAGUUACAGAUUUUGUACCCCUUUUGCUUAAAAUAUUUUAUUUUUUAACAGAGUUUGCCUGAAUUAAUUACCUUUAUUUACUCAGUGUUAAAAGAACAAUUUUGAACUCAAGGCACCUUAAGAAAUAAGUACAAACAGUUGUCUCACUGAAUAAAAUCCUUUUGAUACAUGUUUUUAAUGUAUAUGUAAAGAGAAAUUACUUACUACAAAUAGGGGAAAUCUCACCUAAAUGAAAGUUUAGUCUUGCAACAGGACAAAACAUAACACAAGCAUCAAAAUAGUAAUAUUAAAGAGAUCAAAUCAAUAAUUUUUUUUAUUUUAUCAGCAGCCAUUUGCUGUGUAUUAUCUCAGGUUUACAGCUUAGUGUUGCACUCUUUGUCUUUAUCUCUAAUAUUUAUUCCUUCAGAAUAAAAGCUCAACAAUCUCUUUCUAAAAAUACAUUUUGGAAAAUAUUCUGUUCUGACAAUUGUUCCAUUUUUGUUGUUGUAAAAACGAAGACCAUCCACUCAUUUAGCUUCUCUAAACCUUGAUUCUAGCCAUCUAUUGAAAUAGCCUGCAAAACGAUCCCUGUUUGUAGCUUUGAGCUUUAAUGGUUGUGCAAUGACAAACAUACACCUGUUGGGUUCAUCCAAUCUGCAAUAAAAUGUAUUUAAAA